UUCUCAACUGCGAUGCGCUGAAUUUGUAUAGAGCAAGACCUUGAUACAAACCGAGAGGCCUGUGUGAGAGAGUGUUGCUUCUGCACUUGCACAGAGUGCGUCUCGCUUGCUUGCGUACUUCGCCCUGCCGCUUGGGGAACAGGAUCUUUAGUUUCUUACAAUGGCGAUGCGGACCUGCAACCGUCCCUUUAGCGCAGCGGGCACGAAGGCAUCGGCAGCUGCUCCCUGCCGCGCGCUGCGCGGUGCCUCAGCGCGCCGGUGUCACGUGUCGGUGUACGCCAGCUCCGGAUCGCCCAAGGUGCUGCUGACGCGCGAGGAGGGGAAGAACGACAAGCUGCGUGCCGCGCUGACACGCAAGGGGUACACGUGCCUGGAGCUGCCGCUGAUCGCGCACACGGAUGGACCCGACCGGCCGCUACUGCCGGCGCUGCUGCGCGCCGCCGCGGAUCAGUACGAGUGGGUGGCCAUCACCUCGCCCGAGGGGGCGUCCGUGUUCCUGGAGGGCUGGGCGGCGGCGGGCAAGCCCAAGCUGCGCGUGGCUGCGGUGGGCGGCGGCACGGGGGAGGCGCUCCAGGCGGGCGGCGUGACGCCCGAGUACGUGCCAUCCAAGGCUCUGGGCAAGGUGAUGGGCAGCGAGUUGCCGCGGGUGCCGGGCGGCAGCCGCCGCGUGCUGUACCCCGCGUCCGUCAAGGCCAGCACGGACCUGCAGGACUCCCUGACGGAGGCGGGCUUCGAGGUGCACCGCAUCAACACCUACAACACGACAUCUGUCGCGUCCGUUCCCGAGGCGCUGCUGCGGGAGGCGUUGACGGCUGACGUGGUCACGUACGGCAGCCCCUCCGCCGUCAAGGCCUGGGUGGGGCUGGCGGGCCUGGAGGCAGCCAACGCCAAGGUGAACGCCUGCAUCGGCUCCACCUCCGCCCGGGCCUGUGCCAACGCCGGCAUCACCCAGCACGUGUACUUCCCCGACGCCCCCGGCAUCGAGGGCUGGGUGGAGGCGGUGGAGAAGGGCUGCCGCGAGGCGAAGCUGCCGCUGCCCGUCGCCGCGGUCUGAGAGUGAGAGAGCGGGUAAGAAGCGGUUCGUUAUGGAUCUUGGGUCGUGGAUUUUGGUUUGGGUUAGAGGUUUAGGUGUGUCGUGCCGACUCUGUAUGGCGGCACACUGCCAUGCCGCGGGCUCCGGCCCGUGCAGUAGAACUGGUGUUGCGGUUUGCUGAUCAGGAGAGGAGUUGAGUAUCUCGCUUGCUGGCAUUGUCUUGGCCAUCGACGCUGAGAUGUGGAACGCGUGUGUGUAGCCAUGUGACCGCUGCCCGGGCAAGAUGCCGGCAGCAAUAGCCAGUCGUGCUGGCAUGGACGACUGGAGGGCAGAAGUUGCGUAAAGUAGGAUUGGGCUGUCAUAGUACUACCGUGCGAGCGGCUUGGCACUUUCUAGGCAUACGGUAGCCUGUCGAACUGUCGAUUGCUUGGGUGCUGUGCGGUAUAAGACUGGCCGGCUGGUCCUGACGGGCCCCAGCCGCUGGGGAAUGCUUGGCGCUCGCCGUGGCGGCCAGGGGCGUGCGAGGACACGUGUGCAUGAAUGUGCAUGGCACAGGUCAUGCUGCGGACUCACCAGUGCGCUCAUGCACGCAUGCGGGCGACGCGCUAGCGGUGCUCGGGCCCAUUGUGCCGUGCCGUGCCAUGGGCUUGAGGAGUUGAGGACAGCCACGAGCCAGGGGCACGGCGCAUCAGCGCGUGGGUGUAUUGCAAUACCGUUCAAGGUCUUGGGGCAACGCUUGGGAGUGGAGUGAAUGGAUGCCUGGUACGUUGGGCUGUAAGAGCUUCCCUCA